CAAGGUGUUGGGUGUUUGACGAAUUUGCUCCCGCGUUUCCUGCCCGUGUGUCUGUUGAGUACGUGUUAUUUCGUUUUUCCUUUUUUUUAAUAUGAGCAUUAGAUUUUUAACACAAAGUAAAGGGCAUUCUAUAAAUAAUUUUUAAGAUCUUUUUCUGGAAAGUUCUUUUUGCAGUUUUUGUUUCUAAUCUUUAAAUAUGCGCCAACUGUAGGUGAAAUAACAAAUAUACGAACAAGUUACAAAUGUUUUAGUAACACAAAUUAUGCUGUGCGAAGAAUGAAGCUUCUUUGAAGACAUUUUUGUUUUUUGUAUGUCUUCGUCAUUGAAUUAUAAAUCAGUGAAACAAAUAGUGGUUUGAUUUGGUUUUAGUGUGAAAGAUCUGUGUUGCGUAGCAGAUUUCUGUAUACUUCUGUGCACCCAUGAGCCGUCUUAUUCAAAGUGUAAGAGACUGCAAGACCAAUAAUAUUAACAAGAGCACCGUCAUUUGUUACCAGCUGAAAGCACAAGAUUCUCUGCCACCCAGAAGAAACAAAAGGAAGUUCCACUGUUGGCGUUGUAUUGUUUUGGAAAUAAAUUCCGGAAGUGUAUUAUCUCCACUAGCUCUACUUCCAUUGUUGCAUCCUAGAGGAUUACAUUAUAACAAACUAGAUGCUGGCCGAGCAGUAUCACCCCAAGUCCGUCGCAUCAGGCAUCAAAGCGUCGUCAUAUCUAGUGGCAGCAUAUGUGGCCAUACUUGUAUGCGGAAAUUUCGCCCAAGGUAAAGGAAGCAGCGAUGUCAUGAUCCCCCCCAGACACCGGCCAUAUUUCGAGACGAAACACCUCCCUCCGCAGGAAGCCAGCACGGCCAACGACGUCUCCAUAUACCAUUACGAUACUAGACAUUCAUUGUACCAUGAGGGGCUGACAAAGGAUGUGAACUGGGCAGUCAGUUUUGUGCAAAAGAAAUCCUUGUAUAACGGUCAUGUGAUAUCGCGACGCAGUUCCAAAGACGAUCCACAGACGGAAAAAUGCAAGGAGUUCACUCAGGGAAAUCAAAAGCGAAAGGAAUUCUACUCGCCAAAUUACCCCGGAAACUACCCCAGCAACACUGAAUGCAUCAGAUUGUUAGAAGCCGAACCUGGUCACAUACUGAAGCUGGACUUCAGGAACACUUUCGACGUAGAAUACAGCAACAACUGCACUUAUGACUACCUGGAGGUGCGGGACGGCGGCCAUGGCUAUGACCGCCUUAUCGGCCAGUUCUGUGGCAACAUCUUCCCUGACAUUAUCGGUUCCACUUCGCGGUACCUCUGGCUGCGCUUCAAGUCGGAUGAUACUAUCGAGGGGGCCGGGUUCACUGCCGUGUACGAAUCUAUUCUGCCUUCCAAUGGCGAGAGCCAUGUCGAGAUGCCGGCAUGCCAGAUCUUUCUGUAUGGGUACCAGGGCUGGGUGAACAGCAGCUUGAUAAACACUUCCUACCUAGAGAAGACUAAUCAGUUGGCGAAACCCAUUGACUGCAUGUGGAUUAUCAACGUGACGGUGGGAUGGAAG